CCUGGAGUUUAUUCGUCGUGUGAAUGUGUGGAUAGUGUGUGAUUUACGCGUUCCUGUCGUUAGGAAGGCAAAAGUCUAACGGUUGAAAAACAACGAGGCGAAAGCACGCUGUGGGACUGUGGAAUGCACGCUGACAGAAAGAGGACACUUGGCGGCCGGAAGGGUUCGAGGGUAGAGCGAUGAGGGCCAUCGUGGAAUUACGGAAAGAAGGUUUACAGUUCGGUGAAACGGUUAAUGAGUGGAAAUCACCGAACACGGCUGGCUACGUCUCUGUCUCCCCUGGCUGGAGAUGAGCACGAAGGAGCUGAGCACGAUGACAACCACGAUGAGUACUACGAGCACUUUACGAUCAUCACCGAAGCUCGAUGUCGCAGCCGAGGACGACGAAGAGCCACCGACCCCGUUCGAAUCCCUGGACAUGGACCUGGUGAACGGACCGAAUCCAUGGCUUCCGGCCUACGGUUUCCAGCUACAACAUCGUACCCACUUCCAGUCUACACACGAGGAUCUACGGGCUAAUGAUACGGUGCUAGUGCAACAGGUGGAUUUUUUAGAGACCAUUCUAGAAGAAACAUCCGACGAUUUGCAAAGCGAUUCUGACCGUAGCGGGACCACUUAUUGGGUCGGUUCUGAUUCCGAGACUGAAAGUGUGAUACACAUUAGAGCGAAGCAGAAAUUAGCAGACGACCGGCUGGAUGGCAGCGGAAGCGACUGCAACUCGGUGGUGCCUAAGAAGAGGCGCCGGAAGUACAAUGGUACCAGCGAUCGCGAUCAUCAGGUGAGCUUGGAGGACGAUUAUCCAGCAUCGCCCAGGUCGUCGAGAUCAUCCGCGUCGUCGAGAUCGAGUUCCCUCUUACAAUUCGAGUCUUUGGAGAGGACUUGUGCCACCUUGUCACCUUCCAGCUACAGUUUCGACUCUUUGGAAUAUCCUAAUCGUUCGAAUCCCUGUCAUCCCGAGAACACGUCGCCGGACAGUCUGGAACAGGACUACGAUAAGGUUCUGCCGAAUGGAUUCGGGAAUAGCGUAGAUCAUUUCUCGAGGAUCAGGCCUUAUCGUAGUUUCGAGAGUCUGGAUACGUGCCAGAAGGAGGAGGGAUUCGGCAAUGGGGGUCUGACUAAUGGAUUCACACCGUUGUACCUGAAACGAAAUACGGAUCUGUCCAGGACCAGAAACAAUAGGCAUUGUCCAAGGGACUUUUGGCACGAAGACGACGACGACGAAUACGAGGACGAAGAAGAGCUGGACGAAGAUCUGUACGAGAAUGAUCGAACGUUAAACGAGAAUCGAACGAGUUGCGAGAUGGACGAUCGUCUGACGGUGUUCGGCGAUUCGGUAUGCAAUUACGCCACAUCGAUGGACUAUAGAAACACGAUCGAUCUGCGCGAGAUCGGGAUCGAAUCGAAGAGGGACGCCCUAUUGGAUCUGAAGUCUGGCCAGGCAGCCGUGUCGAGUUCCUUUCGUCUGUUGCAGACCAGGUUAAAUAUAGCCGGUGGUAUGGCGCACGCUCGCAACAACAUGGUCGCCGAUCAUCAUCCUCGUAAUCAUCAUCAUCAUCAUUAUCAUCAUCAACAGCAUCAAGAAGAGGAGCAGGAAGAGGAGCAGCAGCGGUACGGUUACGAGGAGCACGAGCCGCGGCAGCACCAACGUCAAGGGUGGAGCAAGGAGGAGUGCUUUAAUUUUAGAUUCACGGAUAAAUCUCAAAGCGCGCCCAGUCUGCCUAGCACCGUCGACCAGUCCGCACACGGUUUCUGCUCGUUAACUGGUUACUCUUCCUCCUCAAGGGUUACAUCUUUCGUUUCCACCUCGAAUCUAUUCGAGAAUUACACGAGAGUAGCGAGCGUGCCGGUCGACCUGAAUCUCUGCGGUGUUUCCUUGCUGCACGAGGAUGAUGAUAGGCGGCAGUCAGCUCGAGUGAGUCUGCACGAUCAGGAAAUGGCGGAGGUGGAGAAACGGUUGGACAGCGUGGAGGAGGAGGAGGUGGAGACGAAGGGUGGUUCGUUGACCAGUUCGGUGAGGACACAAGCACCUCAGGGUGUGAUCGUUGACGGUAAAAUGGUCGACGUGAAAGGGGACGCGAAGCUGGUGGAUAAGGAUGGUACGAAACCGAGGGAGAAGAAACAAAUCACAUCGACGGUGAAGACGCAGGAUCGUGGAAAUUGCGUGCUCGACAUUGCCAUGGCGAUCGAGAACGAUGUGGAUGCCGCGAUCGACGAUGCGAUGAAACAAUUCAAGCGAGACGUGAUAGAAGCUAACGUAUCGAACGGUAAUGGCAUUCAGAGAACGCCAUCGGGUAGACCUCGAAAGGUGAAGAACACAGCCAGCUACGAAUUGGCUCAGCAAUUUGAGGUCGACGAGCGAAGCUUUCGUGCUAGCAUGUUGCGCAAGGAGAUCGGUAAUGAAAACGAGAAAAGCCCGAAAUCGCCUAGGAGCAGCGGCAAGAAACGAGUAUUGAACAACGCCAGUUACGAGUUGGCCCAGCAGUGCGAUUACAUAAAGGCAUUGCAGACGUCGAGGGGCGCUUUCCAGAGGAUGGACGCAUGCGACGAACUGGAGGAAUCCGGCCGAUCCUCGCGGCUCUGGGUCACCGACAUAGUGCAACAGAUGAGCAGCCAUUCGACGUCGAAUUUGACCAAUCACUACGUCGAGCCUUCUCCGGACACGAGGAAGUAUUCCAAGUCAACGGAGAACCUUACCGCUCAAUUUUCCACGGGACCGUUCACCAGGAUCCCGAUCGAUCAGCUGGGCCAACGAUUGAAACAGCAGCAGCAGCAGCAGCAGGACGAAACGAUCCUGAGUCAGAUAAAAAAAAACUCGGAUCCAUUUUCAGUUUAUGGAGAAGAUCCUAACGCACGUGCCUUAGUAAACGACGAGAUAGAUUAUCCCUGCUUGGAAACCAAACCCAUAGGAACUUUCAGCCCGGAGGGGGGCGUAAAACCUCAGCGAUCCACCCAAGUACACGAGAACCUAUCCAAAGACGAAUCACAUCGAAUCACCGUAUCGAACUCGUUCCACGAUCACCGGAAGGAUCCGGAUCCGAGCAGCGUGGCGGACAAUUCAAAGAAAUGUUUCAUCGGUGACUUUUAUCCGGAUAAGAUCGUGCGGUUGCAGUCGCAACAGGAGGAGGAGGAGGUGGUGGUUGAGAGAAAUGGCGGGAAGGAUGAAAAUUCAUGGCCCCCGUGGAACAGGAACGCCGGCGAACGUCUAUGGAGGGUCAUAGUGGAAAAGCAGGUCGCCGAGAAGGAAUCUUCCACGGAGAAGGUUUCAUACGAGCAAGAGGGGGAGGGUAAAGUGAAAGAAAGAGAAUCAGAAGAAGAGGAGAGGAAGAGGAAAGAAGCGAGGGGACAGACUGUCCACGUUGUUCGUUCCCCACCACCCAGCGGUAGCAGCGGUAACAGCGACCGACUGGAACCCAGUGAACGGAGUGGGAAUCCAGCUGUGGCCGUGGCAGUUGAUACGAAUGAUCGCGGUGAUCGCGACAAACGCGACGAGGAGAACGCUCCGUCAACAACAACCGCGACGCCGGUGGUCAGGGUAGACGAGGCGACCAUGUCGACUACCAGCACGACGAAAAGAGGGUUCGUCGCGGCUCCGUCGAAAAAGGAACUACCACCGACGAAAUUUCAAAGGAACACGAUCGUCGACUCGUCGUCCGCGACCAUGGCCAAGGAGGAGAGAAAGAAAGGCGGACUAGGUGGCUUUCUUCAACGUUUCUCCAGGCUACGGUUCAGUGGUAGGUCGAAAGUGCCGCGGUCCGAGGUGCAGAAAAAAAGUGACACACACGGCCAAGUGAAUCGCGCGAACGUGAUCGAGGAAAAUAGUAAAAAGGAGCCGGAUUAUAUCAUCAUUCCGUUGCAUCCACCGGAAGAUGAGAAACGGAAGGAGGGUCAGGUGCACGCGGAGAGCAGAACCGAUUCGGAUAACAACAGGACCGUCGGUGAUGUACAGAGAAGUUCUUCCAAUAUCAGUGCGAACGGGAGGGCGCCAGUGUCCAGCAAACCACCCCUGCCUCCGCAGCCACCCCGCGUCGGGGCGCUGAGUUCGAGAACGUCGACGGGCGCGUCGUCGUCGUCGGCGACGAUGUGUUCGUCGCGCCGACGCGCGGCCACGGACCUUGGAAAUCCGGCGGCCAUCGAGAUGGCGAAAGCCCGUACGAUGCAGGCCGCCCAGGAGCGCCCGGUCGGCCUGCUCGAGACCGACCUCGACGAGGCCGUGCCGUCGACCACCAGCACCGCCUCCACCAACGCCACCGGCAAGAAGACCAGAAGCCUGCUAAAUCUGAAUCACAGCUCGACCGUACCGAGACCGAGGGCAGAGCACGCCCUCCACGUACCCCAGUCGCCUGUCGCCGCUUCGCACAGGAGCCCCCGCGACGACGACCCCGCGUCCACCAUAAACCAACGUCCACACAAAUCCAUGGAGUUCCUCCUCGACAAGGAGAAUCUGCAUUUCGUCAAGCCGCCGGAGAACGAGUUGCAGAAGGUUGGCGAACGAGUGCCGAGUGAACACGAGCUCAGAGUUCAAAGAUCUCUUCAGAGACUGAACGUCCCGGAUUGGUACAAGAAUUCUCCCGCGGCUCGCGAUGGUUUCCGGUUAAAGAGGCACUCCGAUGCGUCGCAGCACGGAGGCUGGCGUGCUUUGGGCUCGAAAACCACUUCCCUAUCCUCCCUUUCGUCGUCUUCCAAUAGACAGCCGACUACAGGUGCUCUUCUAAGUCCGAGUCCCACGCCGCCUGUAUUUUCGAGAUGGAGCACCAGCUUGCUGAACAGUGCCGGAAGUUCGCCAGCGAGUUCGGCGAGGUCGUCGUUCAACCAUCGACAGCCGUACUUGGGCUGGCGUUCGCAGGAACGAUUGACGAAUCCUCGAACACCGGCGGAACGUCUUGCUCAGGGUAUUCUUCCUCAGUUGCAAGCAGCAAACAAGCAGCAGCAGCAGCAGCAACAGCAACAACAACAGCAGACAACGAAUCAGCAGCUAGAGGUAAGGAACUCGAUAAAGGAGGUAACCUCGGCCAUUGUGCACUACGUGCAAAGCGGUCAGGAGGUUGGUGGAGGUGGCAGGCUGUCGCCUCGACCUCGACCUGAAGACUGGGACGACAGGGGUGGAGCAAGGUCGACCAGCCCCAGAGGGAGCGUGAAGCUGUGUUGGAUGGAGAGCUCGUUCGUCGGCACGAGACCCGUCGACUCGCCGGAGACGCCGAUGAGCCUGGCGACGGAUACCGAAUGCUGUCCCGGAUGCAACGCGACCGGUAACGAGUCCUGCACCUGCAUCGACUCGGCUACUUCCGGUCUGUUCUUGGAUCUGACGCCGACACGCGACGAUAACCAGCAACAACAGCAGUUAGGCGGCGGCGGUGGAAGUCUAUGUCCAUCGCCGUCCUCGUCGCUCGGUUACCAUCAUCAUCACCAUCACCAUCAUCAUCAUUCGUCUCAUCAUCGUCAGCUUCAUCAUCAGCAACAACAGCAACAGCAGCAGCAGCAACAACAACAACAGCGUCAACACCGCGGUGAGUUGCUGCUCGCCUAGCGGAAAAGCAGAACACGUACAAAACGAAACAAGAACACGGUUAUAAUACCCCUCGCGAAAAUUGCAGCAAACACGUUCGCCUCGGGCUUACACGAUCACAGCUGACGAAGACGAUUCGCGUUACUAUCGUGUAGCCGAUGAUCUUGCAACUUAGAAGCUCCUUCGUUGAUCCUGGCAGAGAAGCUCGAGCAGGUGGAUAGCUGUUCAGAGUUAUUAGGAAUUCGUUGCUGAAACGAGGAUGGAAGCUUAGGAUCCAGUUUAGAGAGGGAUAAAGCUUUGUAAAGAAUUCUUAGAGAGUAAAUGAUGAUUCUUCUGGUUCGACAGGUGUUCAGAGAGCUGUAAGACAUAUCAGAAACGUUGUUAUCGCUGGUGAUAUUAUUUGAGAGCUUCUGGUGCCAUUCACUGGCCUGUUGAUCAUCCUCCAGCUGUAAUCCAGUGUACAUAGAGUAACCGUAGCAUCUGUGGAGGGCAAGUAUACAGUGGAGAAUCUAGAAAAAUUGUGCUUCAGAAUUCAACUUGCGUUGCAGUUUCAGAAAAUGAUGAAUAUUGACGGAUAGAGUACUUGUAUCUUCUGACUUCUAUUGGUUAAAUUCCGAAGUUGGCAGGGAGUAGCGAACGGUUUUCUUGGAAGAGUUUUCUCUGACGUGGUUUCAGAGACUCGUCUGCUCGAUUACGUCGACGAAUGAUCCAACGUGGAUCGUGUUUUGGCUCGGAUCGUUGCCGAAUUCGCAAGUCGUGAUCGAACGAUCACGCACGUGACUCCUCGGGUCGAUUGGAAAAUCACAGGCGCGAAGGAAUCUCGUUUUAUAUUUGGGAAAGUAAACGUUCUCUCGUCCUCUUGUAAAUAAUUUCCCAACGCUCAGAUGUUUUCUAUUUUUCUACGAGCCACGCGAGAAUGUUACUGGAAGGAUUGUCGAUGGAAACCAUGUGGAAGCACCAUAUUCCCAUUCGUUUUCUCCUUUUACGCCAGCUUCUGCACUAUUUUUUACCUUGUCACGCAAUUUUUGCACACUCGGUCGCUUCCCUUUCUUGUCACUAAAGAUCAGACGACGAUAAAAUUGAAUUGUUUAUAUUUUUCUGGGUAUCGUUAAAGAUGUUGGAUAAUUAUUCGUAUAACUAUCGUGCCUGUUAAGAGUCCGGUGUUUAAUGAUAGAUAUUUUUGGAUCAAUUUUAUAGUAGAGGUAGGAUCUAGUGAUAAUUAAUUAUGCAAGUGCAAUUAUCGCGUUCGUAGCGUUAAGUCGGACGGUUGUUCGUUUCCCGAGGCUCGAUAAUGAAGCGAUUAAUAGUUUAACGAGAAGAAAUUGCAAUGUUUCUCCAGCAGUUUUGUCGUGGAUGAGUAAGAGAGACAACGAACUAGCUUUAACGUGUAAAUUGCUCAUAGAAAGUUUAUAAAUUUCUUUGAAACUAAUACUCCUAGGACCGAGCUCUGAAACUUCAAUUAUAAACCAUACGAAGCGUAAUUUUGCUUCAUUUUUUACAUAUAUAUUUAUGUAUAAAUUAUAGUUAGAAGAGAAGAAUUUAAUUAGAAAUAUUAUAAGGUCCUAGGGAGUCGAAUAUCGAAGGGUGCAAUGCUUAUGAGAUUAAUCCUUUGAAAAAUAGAAAGCAAAAGGGGUAACAGAUCUAUUAAAUAUUAAGCAAUGAAAAAGCUUGACAGUAUACGUGCUUCUGAGGUCAUCGACUGUACAUUAAUUUUCUUGAUUGCACUGCUACGCCCACCUGGAUUAUCAUUUCGUAUAUUUUCUAUCUUUCGUUUAUCGUUUUCGUCAGCCUGUAAACCCGCGAACGUGUUUUUAAACAACGUGUAUUAUAUCGUUGCUUGAAUAUCCGAAUAAAAUGCCACGUUGUUCGUAACCGUGAUGAAAUUGAAACAUUACACGCCUAAAGAAACACACAGAUCAGGGUAACUCGAAGCUGGAAGUCCACCCUUUUCGUACACGUUUUGCUAUUUUGUGAAAUUCACCGAGGUACGUCGACGAUGAAUCCAACGAUAAAAUGAAACUAAAGCUUGCGAAUACAUUGGCAAACAUUGUAAAAUGAGGAGAUGUUAAUUAGAGGCAAAAUUAAUUAUAAUUUCCCAGUAAUUAAGAGAUUUCCAGCCUAACAUUGUAAAUAACUUGGAAGCUCUAAUUUCUGUAUAUUAGAUUUGCAUUGACUAUGGGAAAGCGUUUACUUGGAAGCAUUAAAAGAGAAAGUAUCGUGUAAAAAGUAUGUAUUAAAUUUCAAUGUACAAUUCAAAUCGUUUUAUAAGGAAAGCAGAGUCUCUUGUAACAACCAUGUGCAAAGAAAUUCGUUUAAGAAUAAUGUUUAUCGAUGCAUCCGAUAGCCUGAGGCUCGCAAUUGUAAAUCAAUGUUAUUAAUAUUAAAUUUCAAUGGAUUCUCGUCGACGUGGUCCGCGUCAUUCCACAGGCAACCCCUUCGAGCCGUUUCAUCUCGAGGAGAUGCGAUCGUGUGGACGGGUUCCCUGGCAGACUUUAUACGAGCCUCGUUCGUUUUUACGCCAAGAUUAUUCUCUUCUUUUUAUUAUUUUGUCACGCGAAUAAUUUUGUAGUUGACUUUGUUACUUUGUUACGAUCGCCCCUCGUCGUUGGAAGAAAAACCACCCCCUCUUAUUGCUUCACGAAUAUACACGUCCCUUAUCCUCUCCCACAUUUUUUCUUUUUAUUUUAUUUUUUUUCCCCCUAUUUUGCUCUCUACACGAUUAUCAUUGUUAUACACAGAGAACUCACACGAACACAAGUGUCUAUUUUUUUUUUUUUCUGUGGGGGGAAAUGCCCCGUGUCUCAGAUUAGUCUCUACCCCUUUACUUUUACCAGUAGCAAUUACUUUUCUUGCGUUCAUGUAUGUUUAUUGUAAAGUUGUCCACGUUUACAUUGAUACCUAUUAGCUAGCUCGUUAUAUACAUACACAUAUAUAUAUUAUAUAUAAUUUGAUAGGUACAUAUAUGUAUACGUACGUAUGAUUCGUAUACGCCGUUCAUUAUUACUUGCAAAACGCGUUGAUAUUAUUAUUAUUAUUAUUAAUUACCAUUAAUUAUUAUUAUGUCAUUAUUAUCGUUACUCUUUUAAUUACGAGUGCAGCGUUCGCAGAACCGUCGGUAUAAACACAGGCAAUUUAAAAAACAAAAAAUUUACAUCAUUAUUUCUUUAUGCUCCUCCUCUUUGCAUUUGUAUAUUGAUAUUUUUUUUUUUUCUUCAUCAAAUUGUAAGAAUCGCAUCCACUGUUAAUGUAUUUAGUUUGCAUUGGAUUAUAUUAUAAUUUUUCUUCUUUUCUCUCUCCCUAUUUUUAAGGAAGUUUCUCUGUUUCAAUCGUAGCGGAUGGUUCUGCGCGCCGGUGCUUUAUUAUUAUUUUUCUUUGCCUUUCUUAAGUGAUUCCGUACUUAUUGUUCGGAGAAAACGCCAACGAUUUAUCAUUUCUUUGUAGAAUUGCGUAAUUUACCCUUGACUACAAUAAAUUAUUGUCAUUACA